CGUCGGCGGGCGAAACUCACCCUGUGACCACCGCGGCAGAACGCAGAGUGCAGGCUUGCCUGGAGCGACAACAGCCGUACAAAAAUGCGAUGCUCAAGUCCUGGGCUACCGUGCAGAUGUGGCGGUUCAGUCUAGACUCGACCACCAGCGUCGUCGGGGUGGUCAUCAUGAUUACGGGCAUUAUCAUCACUCUCCUCCGCACUGUCCUUUCCCUUCUCGUACCGGACAGCCCCUGCGAUCUCGUCGUGACGGGUCCUCUGCAUGGUCUGGAGCAGGCCCGAAUAAACGGCAUGCCUUUACGGUUUGAAUGAAAUAAUUGAAACAUUUAUCACUUGUUUAAGU